GUUCUCGAAGAAGUGAUUUGUGAAUAWCUGCAAUAACCAAUCCAGCAAAUACUUUUGUAAAUGGCCAUUUAAACAUUUUAAAAACAGUUUUAGAUUACUAACACAUUUUCUUUUCUACAGUCUGUACGACUGACGGUUUUCAAUCAGGCAGCGCACUAGACAACUAAAAGCAUUUGGUGGGGUCCUUUUCCUUUUAAGCUAAGMAGUAUUAGCAGUCAACAUGCCGACUGUCGGCGUAAAAAGAGACCUUCUAUUUAAAGCUCUUGGCAAAACCUACACUGACGAGGAGUUUGACGAGUUGUGUUUCGAGUAUGGGCUGGAGCUGGAUGAAAUUACCUCAGAGAAGGAGAUCAUCAGCAAGGAGCAGGGCAGCUGCAAAUCUUCAGACGCGUCUGAUAUCAUCCUGUACAAGAUCGACGUGCCUGCUAACCGCUACGACUUGCUAUGUCUGGAGGGACUGGUCCGUGGACUGCAGGUCUUCAAGAAUAAGCGYGAGGCCCCUCGCUACAGACGUGUGAGCCCCAUCAGUGGAGAACCUCAGAGGCUGGUCAUCACUAAAGAGACAGCAGCAGUUAGACCUCAUGCUGUAGCAGCCGUGUUGAGGAACAUCACUUUCACUCAGGAGAGUUAUGACAGUUUCAUCGAGCUGCAGGAGAAGCUACAUCAGAACAUCUGCAGGAAGAGGAGCCUGGUGGCAAUCGGAACACACGACCUGGACACCAUCUCUGGACCUUUCACGUACACGGCCAAACCUCCCGCAGACAUCAGCUUCAAGCCGCUCAACCAGACCAAAGAAUACACUGCAACCCAGCUCAUGAGCCUCUAUAAGACGGACAGUCACUUGAGACAUUACCUUCACAUUAUUGAAGACAAGCCUGUGUAUCCCAUCAUAUAUGACAGUAAUGGUGUUGUCCUGUCCAUGCCUCCUAUUAUCAAUGGGGAUCAUUCAAAAAUUUCCUUAAAGACGAGGAAUGUCUUCAUCGAGUGCACAGCGACCGACCUGACCAAGGCAAAGAUCGUGUUGGACAUGAUGGUGACCAUGUUCAGCGAGUACUGUGCUCAGCCAUUCACGGUGGAGGAAGCUGAGGUGGUGUACCCAGAUGGCAAGACCUGCUUGUACCCAGAACUGGCUUACAGGAAGGAGAAGCUGUCUGCUGAGUUUAUCAACAGAAAAGUUGGCAUUAAUGAGUCAACAGAGAGAAUAGCUCAGCUGCUUACCAGGAUGUGCCUGUUGUCUCAAGCGACUGGUGUCGGCGAUGAGAUCGAGGUUGAGAUCCCACCCACCCGUUCAGACGUCAUCCACUCCUGUGACAUCAUGGAGGACGCCGCCGUCGCUUACGGUUUCAACAACAUCACCCGCACUACGCCACACACCUACACCGUAGCUAACCAGUUACCACUUAACAAACUGACAGAACUGUUGAGACUAGACCUGGCAGCUGCUGGAUUCACAGAAGCUCUCAACUUUGCUCUGUGUUCUGAAGAGGAUAUAGCUGACAAGCUUGGGAAAAAGAUAUCAGAGACCAGAGCGGCUCAUAUUUCCAACCCCAAGACAGCAGAGUUUCAGGUGGCGCGCACCAUGUUGCUUCCAGGCCUGCUGAAAACUAUAGCUGCCAACAGAAAGAUGCCCCUUCCCCUCAAACUGUUCGAGAUAUCAGACGUGGUGCUGAAGGACGAGACCAAAGAUGUCGGGGCGAGGAACAGUCGGCGUUUCGGUGCCGUCUACUAUAACAAAAGUCCAGGAUUUGAAGUGAUUCACGGCCUUCUGGACCGAACCAUGCAGCUGCUGGAGGUGAAGGCAGGCCGCGGGGAAGGUUAUAAUAUCCAGGCUGCAGAAGAUUCCAUCUUUUUCCCCGGUCGGUGUGCUGAGAUCUUUGUGCGAGGGAAGAGCGUAGGCCAUCUUGGAGUCCUUCACCCAGAUGUCAUAAACCGCUUUGAGCUGACCAUGCCCUGCUCUGCCCUGGAGAUUGACCUCGAGCCAUUCCUUGGCCUCACUGCAGAAACCCUCCUCACACAUGACGUUCCCAUGCAGGAAACCAUCAAGCACCAGUUCCAAACACAUGGUGAAUCCCGGCAGGUGGCCCCACACCACCCACUUUCCACUAAAACUACCUUUGGUGACAUGAACACUCAGGGAGGCCUCAAAGCUCUGAAUGAUUUCCUGGCCAACAAAAGCUACAUUGAAGGUUUUGUGGCAUCCCAAGCUGACACUGCCAUGUUUGACGCCAUCCCUUCUCCUCCCUCGCAAUCUUUCUGCCACCUCCAGCGCUGGUACAAUCACAUCAAGUCCUUCCAAUUGGAGCGAGCACAUCUCCCACCAGCCAAAAGUCAGUUUGUACUUCCACCCAUUCCCUCUGCCUCGACAAAUGCCACCGCCGAUAGUGACAUUGACCUUUUCGGUUCCGACGACGAGGCCGAGAGCUCCGAGGCGGCCAGAAUAAGGGAGCAGCGCCUUGCCGAAUAUGCCUCCAAGAAGUCCAAGAAGCCAGCGCUCGUUGCCAAGUCCUCCAUCCUGCUCGACGUCAAGCCCUGGGACGACGAGACAGACAUGGCAAGGAUGGAGGAGUGUGUCCGCAGCAUUAGCAUGGAUGGGCUGCUGUGGGGGCAGUCCAAGCUGGUGCCAGUGGGCUACGGCAUCAGGAAACUGCAGAUAGGCUGCGUGGUGGAGGAUGAUAAAGUGGGCACAGAUCUGCUGGAGGAAGCCAUCACCACCUUCGAGGAAUAUGUUCAAUCUGUUGAUGUGGCUGCUUUUAAUAAGAUCUGAUCUAGACGGAACAAAGAGACGGAACGAUUUAAUGGUUUUGUGGUCUUGGCUGGAGUUGGGAAAUGUCUAAAAUAUAAUAAUGUAGCUUUUCACACCAUCUUGUUAGCAAAAUAAAAAAAACACUCAGGUGUUUGAUUUGAAAUACUCUUGUCCUUGUUACAAGUCCAAGACCUCUAAUAAAGCUACUGUAACUUUAAA